AGAGGCCGGCCGAAACUGGCAGCGGGGCCACCUGCCGCACACCGCCGCCGAACAGGUGCCACGCUCGGACACCGCCGGCUCAGCGCCCGCUCUGUGCACUGGCAGUGGGACGCGCUCUGGACUGGCAGUGGGACGCGCUCUCUGGACUGGCAGUGGGGCCCGCGCUCUGGACUGGCAGUGAGGCUCGCUCUGUGGCCCGGGACUGGCCGUGACGCCCCGCCGUCCGGUGCGGCCGCAGUGACUCGCCGUGUGCGGCCGGGAGCAGUCUGGUGUGGCGGCGGCCGCAGCCGUCACCGUGAGGUCCGCCGAGGUGGCCGGCUCGGCCGUGGCGCCGGCUCUGGGCCAGUGGGAGCCACCGCUGGCCGCCGCCGCCUGUCCGCCGGCCAUGUACAGCCCCAGCGAUAAGAUGAUGAACAUGAAGCCGCUGGCCCAGGCGCCGUGUUUCCCCGGCGGCCGGUACUCGCCGCCAGCCACAUACCGGCCCACCGUCGACCCCAUGCGGAGGUGUGUCAACUCAUCGGGGAACAUCUUCGGCGGCCUGGAGGACAACCUGCUGAGCCGGGCCGAGGCGUUGGCGGACAUGGGGCGGCACGGGCCGCCGCCGCCGCCCACCAGCCUGCCGCAGCUGCGGCACGAGAUGGUGUACGGCCACCCGCACCCGGCCAUGGGCGCGGCGCACACGCCGCCCACCUCGCGGCCCCACCAGAUGUGGGACAUGAUGUACAUGGGCGCGCCGCGCGGCUCGCCCGUGCCGCCGGCCAAGCCGCAGCAGGUCGCCGAGGUGCCGCGAGAGAGAUGGAUGUGUCCGCCCUACUCGGAGGGUCUGGAGAUGAUGGACCACCUGAGUGGCGCGGCGCCCACCUCGAUGCCCGGCCUGGGCGGUAUGUCGGACGCCGGCCACCACGGCGCGCAGCUGCACGCGCCCGUCUACUCUCACCCCAUCAACACCAUGAUGACGCACCACCAGGUGGGGCUGCACGACGCCGACACCGACCCGCGCGAGCUCGAGGCCUUCUCCGAGCGCUUCAAACAGCGGCGCAUCAAACUGGGCGUGACGCAGGCGGACGUGGGUCGGGCGCUGGCCAACCUGAAGCUGCCGGGCGUCGGCGCGCUCUCUCAGUCGACCAUCUGCCGGUUCGAGUCGCUGACGCUCAGCCACAACAACAUGAUCGCGCUGAAGCCAGUGCUGCAGGCCUGGCUGGAGGAGGCCGAGGCGCAGGCGCGCAACAAGCGCCGCGACCCCGAGGCGCCGUCUGUGCUGCCCAGCGCCGAGAAGAAGCGCAAGCGGACGUCGAUCGCGGCGCCCGAGAAGCGCUCGCUGGAGGCGUACUUCACGGUGCAGCCGCGGCCCAGCGGCGAGAAGAUCGCCGCCAUCGCCGAGAAGCUCGACCUGAAGAAGAACGUGGUGCGCGUGUGGUUCUGCAACCAGCGCCAGAAGCAGAAGCGGAUGAAGUUCGCCGCGCAGCACCACUGACAGACAAUGAAAGCCGAGCCUGACCCGCUCGGCUUUCAGGGAUACGGCUGACGGGGUUGAGAGGGACUGAGGUCGGGCCGCGCCGGCUGAGGGACUGAGAGGGACUGAGGCCGAGUCGCUCCGCCACAGAGGCUGUCCUACGAGCGCCGGUAGCCGCCGGGAACGGCCCCGGGAGCUGGUCACUCCCUCCUAUCAGGGGCCGUGGAAGAGCACCCGAGGCGGCGACUGCAGGCCCGGCUCGAGACUGGCGGCGAGAGAGACAUGCAAUCCAAACUCACGCGGCCCUGGGGCACCGGCGGCCGCCGCAACGACGCGUUUUAUAUCGGUGACCUGUGCAAUAGGGCGGCUGGGCGGCCGUUCAGCCGGCGGGAGGCGGAGCGGGAUCGACCGCAGCGGCCCGAAGAGCGCCUCCAGGGCGGGCUAACCGGCCGCGGCAGCUCCCGAGACACAGACAUGCAGGUGCCGGCCGCCACCGAGCCGGUACACGGGGUGCCGGCCGCCACCGAGCCGGUACACGGGGUGCCGGCCGCCACCGAGCCGGUCCCCAGCGCUCAUACCAUGCUUCAAAACCGCGGUGAAUAACUGUUCUGGCGAAUGUACUGAAUGUACUGCUUAGAAAAUGGGGGACGGGAUAUUUUGUCGGAUCGUAUUUGUCUGAAAUACCGGGUAUGGCGACAGUUCGUCAUUCGUGUUAUGCUCCUGUAACCUCACCGAUUCGUUGCAUAUCAUGCUGCACUCAAGGUUGUUUCGGAUUAAAUGCAUCUGAUUUUUAGUCGAUAUGUAGAUCACGUACCUGACAUUGCUCUAGUCAAUCAGCUAUUUGUGAUCUCACCCCACACAUAUCGCGGGACGCUAUUGCGCUCCACCCAACGAGUCAUAUCACAGAGAGCGAUUUGAGCCGCGCGCUGCGUCUAGUCGACAGUUCUGCCUGUUUUUGCAUCUCUUCAGCGACGGCAUAGCCAUGUGAUCAUUUGUGCUCAUUUGUAUUGUUCAUUAUUCGUUUGCGUGUAUAGAUGCUUACUUUGUAGUCCUAGCUCAGUCAAGUUAGAAGGAUAGGGUCGCCGGUCGGUAUAUCAAUAUCAAAGCCCAGAUCAUUUUGUCCACAUCCUUGAUCAUUUGUCACUUCUAUUAACGAAUUCGAAGCAAAAAGUGAGCCACAUGUCCCACCUCACUGUAACAAAGUAAUAAGUAUAAUGCGCCCCAUCAGCUCCCAGUUUUCAUAUUUCCUUCGAGCGCCGCAAAGUGUUUUCGUUAACCAGUGAUUCCACACACUACUAUGUGUCCGGAAUAGCGGUGGUGUUCGGGCGGGUUUGCUUACGCGCAGUCCACGGCCGACCCCAGUGGGGCGGUGUGGGCGCGUCGUCUCGCCAUUCGCUUGUUACGCGGCGCCCGUGCGGAUGCCGGCUGCCAGCGCGACAGGGCCGCACCGUAAGCCGGGCGCUGUUCGCACAUAUCCCCGGCAUCCCGUGCGGCGCAGCCGGCAAAUGUUGAUGAAUGAAACUAUGUAGCGUUCUUUAUCUAGCGUCUUGUGAUCGGCACACCUUCGCUGUAUAUUGGCCAGCGUGUCCAGAAUCGUGUCAGCCGCCGUAGAGGGGAGGCGUCACCGGGCCUGGUCGCUCGCCGGGCCGGGCCGGGUUGUCACAUUGGGUACACCUGUAGUGUCCAGUGUAACCGCGUCAGGCGCCGGCGCCGCGCGCUGACCCCGCCUUCACCCUGCCGCAUGUGUUACCGGUAAUGGAAAAUGGUGCAAAUCAUGGAAACUAUGUCCAAAUAAAAUUCCAUACACGUA